UUACUCACUGGUCCAUCAUCACUUGUUGUUAAACUUCAGGAAGCUGAGAUAAAUUAUCAGUGGGAUUAGAAAUUCGAACAUUGAAAAUGAUUUCUAAAGCCUUCAUUCUCGCCGUUGCCAUUACGCUGAUCGUAGCUGAACAGGACCCAUCAACUUCACCCUGUGAGCCAGGAACGCAAUUCAAACAUUAUUGCAACGAUUGUACAUGCAGUGCCGAUGGAACAGGCGCUGCUUGCACAAGACAGGCUUGUUAUCCAGGACUUUUCAACAAGGAUGGUACCCUCAACAACAUUGAGACAACAACAAUUAAAACUGAGGAGCUCCCUGCGUUGCCAGCUGAUUUGUCAUGUGUGGCUGGGCUAAUGUACAAGAAUGAUUGUAACACCUGUCGAUGUAUAGAAGAUAAUAAGCCCGUCUGUACUUUAAUGGCCUGUGUAGAUCCUCCAAAGUAAUAAAGAAUUAUCCAAUUUCCACGCGAAUAAUGUCUUGAUUAUGGAUUGUAUUACAUCUGUGCAAAUAUAAUAAAAUUUUCAUUUGUAA